CGCUUUGAGUUUCACACCUGUGCAGGUAAAGCGGAAAAUUGUUGGAAUGUGUGCUGUCUAGAAGAAAAGAGGGUAAAUGCCAUUGUAAAGAAAGGACAACUAGUUAAACUGAAGAGGAAAAAAAUAAGUUAUAAUUGAACUACACAUUAAUUACAACGACGCAACAUCAGCAGUGUACCAUACUAUAGCAAUGGAUUGGAGACUGUGCUUAGUCCUGCUACUGACAGCUCUCACCUGUGUUGUCAGGGGUCAAGACGACCAGAUGCCACCAAAAAUGAUUAGUACCUUCAACAAUGAAUAUUACUACCCACGAGAUUCCAUCUUGACGGAAGCUACAAUUAACUGCAAGGCACAGAACGGACAGAUUAAAUAUGUGUGGAAGAGAAAUGGAGUUGUUGUACCGAAUAGCCAGUUUGUAUCAAUAGACGGAUCAACAGGAACUCUCAAGUUUGUCAAGAUGCAGAAUGCAGACUAUGGAACUUACCAAUGCUUUGCUACAAAUGAUUAUGGAACAUCACUUUCAAAGCCAUUCAAAGUGAAAGAAUCAAGAUUGGGAUCUUUUCCUGCUGGUGAUCCUGAAGAGGUACGAUGUAAAGAAUUUGAGCAUUGUAAAAUCCAGUGUCGUGACAAGCCAACAUGUUUGCCAGACUCACAGUGUAGAGUGGAGUGGAAAAUCGGAGAAGGAACCAAAACUAAUGUUGAGAUUAACAAACGGGUCGGAGUGGAUGGAAAUGGUGAUCUCCAUUUCCUGUGGACGAACACCAAUGACUGGAAUAAAUUACAGUACAGGUGUGGGGUGUGGCAGGAGCAGAGGAAGAUGUUGGUCGUAGGCAGUGAAACAACUCUAAGAAUUGAAGCUUCAACAUCAGUUCCAGAAAGAGAGCCCAUCUCGGUGUAUAAGGAGAAUGGCAAAGCCAUGUAUGGAGGGAAGGGUGUACUGAGAUGCAUGUUUUCUGGAUAUCCGGCCCCAGAUGUGGAAUGGAUAUCCCCAACAAAAGAGGUCAUCAAGGAUACCGAUGGCAAAUAUGCAAUCAGUGACUUUGGUAGAGUGCUGACCAUUUUGCAAGCAGAGCCAGAAUAUGAAGGAUUUUACAUCUGCAAAGGAAAAGGGAAAGUAGAGUCUGGCCCACAAAGAGUCUUUUUUAAUGUCACAUCUGCUCCCAUUCUGACUGGAGUCAAUCAGAUGCGUGACGAGAUAGUACCAGUGGGGAAAAAAGCCACAUUUAACUGUAAGGCCGAGUCCUUACCGAAUGAGGAACCACCAACUUUUCCAAUAUGGAAGAAGAAUGGAGUGGAUCUCGUGAUAGAUGGAGGAAAGUACAUCAUAAGCGAAAACAGCAAAGUGUUAGAGGUUACUGACGUUCAAAAAGGUUCAGAUACAGGGGCCUACCAGUGUAUGUCAGAAAACAGUGAGGGGGUUCUACUGAAGGAGGCCAUACUCAAGGUUAUCGAUCCAAUAACAAUCCGGGAGCGCCCUCUGGGUAGUUACAAGAUCGUGCCUGGUGAUGUACUGAACCUAGCAGUGGUCGCUGAUACUGAUCCCUCUCUCGCCCUGCAAUACAAAUGGAUAUUUACUGAUCGCCAAGGCAACGAAAAGGAAAUCGAAAGUAAUGAGUAUUGGAAGAUAUCUUGGCCCAAUAAUAACAACUUGACCAUUGAUGUCAGGCAGGUUACAGAUCCAGGUGUCGUGUUUUCUCUGACGGGAGAUUAUAAAUUAAAAAUAUACCACAACUACGACCAGAAAAUUAUCAACGUCACCAUUGAGACGGAUAUUAUUACUACCGUUGCCCCACAGAGCCCGAUUGUCCAACAAGCCAAUCUGAACUUCAUCAUCUACAUCGCUGUAGCUGUGGCCUUCCUCAUCAUUGUCAUCAUCGUUGUCUUCUGCCUUGUUCGAAGAAAUCAGGGAGGAGUUUACUCAGUGGACAAGAAAGAAGUUGCUGCUGGACAUGACCCAGAAAAAGAACUUCUCGAACAUGGCUUCCAGGACCUCUCAAGGGCGGAUGAUGAUAGAAUACCAAACUACCCAAUUUAUGACUACGAGGACGAGAAAAACAUCAUUGACGAUGAUGACGACAGUCUGGGCGAAUAUGAAGGGGAUCUCGAGUUGAACAAGUUCAACGAGGAUGGAUCGUUCAUCGGACUGUACGCGAACAAGAAGGACAAGAAAACGCCCAAGUCCGAGUCGGACGUGUAGAACACAAACAGCAGUAUUAAUAGCAUGGGUGUGUUAGUGUGGAAGUGAUGACACCAGGGAAAUCUGCCAACUCAGCGAGGCUUGAAUUCGUAGUUUGUGUUGCUUAGCCUUAAAUAUUCAUUUAUUUUUUUGGACAGAAAAAUUUUAAUUUUAAUUACGGUAUUUGAAAAGCUUUGUGUCAAUGUUUUAAAAAACAAAAAGACAUUCCAUGUAUAUUUUAAUUAAUUUGUCGUUAGAAUAUAUGAGGUGUGAUCGCUUUCAUACAUUCCAGUACAGUAAUUGAAUUACUAAACAAAAUUGCAUAAAAUCAGUAAUAAUUAUGAAUUAAUCCCUUACAGGAAUCAUCAAUUAUAAUUAAUAGCUUCAUUGAUUGUAUCCCCCACUUCCUCUUGAUUUUGCUUUCAUGAUUAUGUGUAGCACAUAGAAAACUAAUCUCUUAAUUUGUAAUGAUUUAAUACAUGUAGGUUAUUGUAGCAUUUCUAUAUACUUGAUAAGCUCAUCCUGUUUUUUUAUCGAUACAAUAUUUUCAAUGACAAGCUUUAUGACGGUCGUUGCUUCUGUUUUGUGAUUUUUAUAAGAACUGUAAUGUUUUAACUCCUUAUACUAAUAUAAUAUUUUUAGGACAAGUUUACAGAAUUAGGGCCGUUAAGGAGAAAUUGUAGGAGGAUAAUUUGAGCCUGGUUGGUAUAUAUGCCCUGCGUGUAUCUCUGUGUACACGAUUUGUGAAAGGUGAUCAGCUGGGUUCAUCGUCAUCCAUUUUUUUGUUGAACUUCAUUAUGAAAAAAAAAUGCCAUCAAUCCGCGUUGUGCAAUUGUUAUAUACCAUAGUUUAUAUCUUGUUAUAUUUUUAUACAUGCAAAACAAAUUUUGUGUUUUUUUUCUUUUCAUCGACUCAAGUCUCAUGCUUUGUAGUAACAGUGCCCUGACUGGCGGACAGAUACUUUCAGGAGGAGGUCAAUGGAGGGGCAGACAAUCGCUGGACCGUGACCACCCACCCCCCUCCGGCAGCGAAUCUUGCUGCAUGGACGGGCGUGACGAUCGUGCUUCUCUGCCUCUCCAUUCCUUUACCUGGGGUGUGUGUCCAGUUGUCCAGUUACGCUAGGCCGACUACAGAGGGGGACCCUCGGUUGUCGUGACUGAAGUACCCUAACUAGUUCUUUUGCUGGUUUGCUAGGUCUGUCAGACAACUAGGGAACUGGAUUGUUGUGGAAACUCAUGGGAGUUCAUUCUUUUUACAUUAUUUGUAUACCGGUUGGUGGACAUGCAAUCUCUUUUAAAGAGUAAUCUUGAUUUAAAAAAAAAACUACUAUUGAUUGAUUUGGGUAGGAAAGAUCUUUUCUUCUGAGAAGAAAAAUGAAUAUGAUGUAUGAAGGAAAAAACUCCCAACAUUACCACAAAUCCAGGUUUUGACUUGGUGAAAAGUGAUUUAUUUUUGUUGAAGAACUGUGAGGUUUCAAGGUCUUUUGGAAAGACUGUAAACUCAAUUUCAUGCAUAUACUGAAAUUUUUCUAUUUGUGCAACUUACAAUGUACUGAGUACAGGACGAAGCCAAGAAGUCUCUGAUUUUUAUGAGCAUAUUUUUUAUCUUGAAAAAAAGUCAUUUAAUAAACAUUAUUAUCAAUUUUUGCAAAGAUCUGUAGGAUAUCAAACAUGUUUCGUAUGGUUUUAUUGUUUUUAAUUAUAAAGAAAAGAAAAUUAAAAAAAUUGAAAUUAUGACAUUGAUAUUUUGUUCCAUUUAUGUGCAUUCCAAUUUCAAUAAAGCUUAAUAUUAAAAUUUAGGUUUUUUUUCCUUAAUUAUGUAAUGUGAUAUAUUCCUAAUCUAACUUUACAUAUUGUGUCCUGACUGCACAAUUUGUCAACAAAUGUUUGUAUUGCUAGAUUUACAUGGACUAAAAAAAUCCUUAAUCCAUGUCUCCCCCCCCCCCAAUAAAAAAAAAUAAAACCAUUAAAACCCAAAACGAAUCUAUACCUAAACAGUUUAAAGCAGUUUUUCUGCUAUAUGAACUUAUGCAUUCCUUGAACAUAUGUAUUCCUUGAACUUUUUCAGACUGCUUUAAAACAAUUUAUUACUAAGCAUUCAGUUCACCUACAUGUAUCAACUUUUGUUACUUGUAACUAUAUGUGUAUAGAUUGUUUAAACGUUUUAUUUCAUAUUUGUGAGUUCAGUAUGAUAUUUGUACUUCCAAUAGUUGUGCAUGUGUAGUAACCUUAUUUCAUUUUCUGGAAGAAUAGGUUCUCCAUAUAUCUUAUGAUUUGAUCGACAAUAACAUAUGAAAAAUUUCAGAUAUAUAUCAACAGAGAUGUAAAUAAAACCCAAACUUUACAUGGAUUAAAUAUAUUUUUUCUA